AUGGCGGCAUUAAAACCCAAAAUGACUGUCUCUGCUGUGCGGGGCCGUAUAAUCGUGACGGCGGAAGACGGUGAGCGGAUAGGCCAGUGGGGUGGUACGGAGUGUUUUCUCUCGCGACAGUCCGGACUUGGCCCAUGCUUUGUUGUCCGUUCUAGUCGUCAUAAGCACCACGAGGGGACGUUCUUCCAACUAGCGGGGCUUCAGCGUGUCUUGUCGGCGUAUGCCAUGGAUGGAAAGCUUACAGUUGUAGUGCCGCAUGAGCAACGGGUGUGCACCGUGUUUAUUGAGACCACAGCCGACGUGGAUGCCUUGCGCAUCAUGGCCGCAGUGCUGCAGGACCGCAAUCAUUGGAGAGAGAUUGAGAAGAAUGUGGCAUGCAAAAAAUGCCGAGAGGGACGUGGAGGCAAGGCAACAGGGCACGUGCUUCGUGACCCAAAUGUAUUUGCCAUGUCAGAAUGGGAUGAUAACGAUGCCAAAAGCAGUAACGACGCAGCGGAUAAUGAUGGCGACGGCGUGGAUAUUCGUGAUGCCGACAAACCCACGACACAGUCAGCGAAAAGGGAAAACGCACUCUCACAAGCUGCAUCUGUGGCACAUUUAGAAGUGACCUCGAUGCGGACAAAGUCUUUCCUGGGGAAUAGCACGCGUGAGAAGGUGACGUCUUUUGCCAGCGCGUCAUGGACAACGGAGCAGAUGCGUGCCAUUCAGUUGGUGCGCACGGGGAGAAACGUCUUCUUGACGGGAUCAGCGGGCACGGGAAAAACAGCCUGGCUUCUGUACCUGCUGCAGGAUGUCUUGUCAAAAAGUGAGGGCGUAGUGGCAACCGCCACCACGGGUGUUGCCGCUCGCAUUAUUGGCGGGGUUACAAUUUACGCGUUUGCUGGCAUUGGCAGAGGGGAAGGCUCGUUUGACAAGAUCUACCACCGCGUCAAGGGCCGCCCGGAGGUGGUGCGGGCGUGGCGACAGUGUAAGACACUCAUCAUUGAUGAAAUCGGCGUUCUUCCAGUGAAUGUUUUCCUCGUGUUGGAUGCGAUUGCCCGCCAAGUGCGUCGCGAACCCGAAAAACCGUUUGGGGGUCUUCAGCUCGUUCUUCUUGGUGACUUUUUGCAGCUGCCUCCUGUCACCGCCUCGGCGGCUUCUGUGAGUGGCAACCACGCAGGCGAUACUAAGGAGGAGCCAAAGUGGUGCUUUGAGUGCCCGUUGUGGAGAAACCUACAGUUUGCCGCCGUUGAGUUCCGUAAGAACUACCGGCACGAAGGCGACCCCGUCUUCGCAGCAUGCAUGGAAGAUAUCCGAUACGGGCGGUAUACUCGUCGUGUGGAGAGUCUGUUGUUGUCAUGUCUUAACCGACGGCUGGAGGAUUCUUUUGGUGUUGAGCCCACCGUCAUUAUGGCGCGCCGUCAGAGUGCCACGACGUAUAACACGGAGCGUUUGCAGCUACUGGACGACGUUAAUUUCCAUCGCUACACCUCCGAGGACUACGCCUCAACGCCCGGGUACGAAUUGGAUAAGGAGGUUUCGCUGCUUCCGCUGCUGGAGUUGCGUGUUGGGGCGCAGGUGGUGCUGCUCGCCUCUUUGCCAAAUGCGCCGUAUCUCUCCAACGGCGAUCUUGGAGUUGUGGUUGCUUUUUCGGAACAGGCGCAGGGCUCGGCAUUUCCAGUGGUGUGCUUCACAAGUAGCGGUGGUGAGGAGGUGGUGGUGCCGCCCGUGCGGAUGGAUGUCUUGGCGUCGGAUGGUCGGGUUGUAGCCGCACGCACGCAAAUUCCAUUGCAGCUCGCGUGGGCUCUGACAGUACACCGGGUGCAGGGCAUGACGCUGCCGAUGGCGCGGGUGGAACUCAAUGGAAGUUUCUUCGAGUGUGGGCAGGCGUAUGUCGCGCUCACGCGGGUUCGCCGGCGGGAGGAUCUGGCCAUCACGGAGUUCGACCCGAGCUCUAUUGGCGCUGAUGCUAAAGUGGUGGCGUUUUACGAAACAACGUUUCCGCGUGACCCAAACAUGGCAGUCGCGGGAGGAUCAGAGGACGGGAGUGCGCUUGUGGAGGUGCGGCGAACAGGCAAGCAGCCCCGGACGCACGCUUCUCUGCCCACCGCAAAGGAGAAGCGACAGCGCGAGGAGAACAGCGACGAGAACGACACCUUGCGAGAGGGCACGCGGCUCUUUGAUACACAAAUGCGUGCCGGCGUCUCCGUGGCGGCGUCACCACCAGUGACGCCGAGCGCCUUAAAACUUCUGGCUGUUGCUGGGAACGCCAUCCCACGGCUGACGCAAGAGGCUGACGAGGCGGACGCAGCGUGCUCUCAGGAGCUUCAUCCCGCCUUGCAGCACGCACUGCUGAUGGACGACGAUUAA